UUUCAGAUGAUGAAAAUAAAUGACAGCUCCAGGGACCACUUCAUCUUGGUCGGCUUUUCAGAAUAUCCCAGGGCUGAGUUCAUCCUUUCUCUGUUUGCUUCUGGCUUUUAUGCCAUGACACUUUUAGGCAAUGCAGUCAUCAUCUUGGUCUCUGUCCUGGACAGCAGGCUCCACACCCCAAUGUACUUCUUCCUCCGCAACCUCUCCUUCCUGGACAUGUGUUUUACUACUUCCAUUGUUCCUCAGAUGCUGGCAAACAUGUGGGAAAAAAGUAAGACAAUCACCUAUGUAGGUUGUGUGGUUCAGUUUUCAGUGGCCUUGGCUCUUGGGUCCACAGAGUGUGUGCUCCUCGCUGUCAUGGCUGUUGACCGUUAUGUUGCUGUCUGCUGGCCCCUCCGAUAUACUACAAUUAUGCACCAACAGGUCUGCCACAUCUUUGCCGCCACUUCCUGGUUGUCUGGGUUUGCCAACUCUCUCUUUCAGUCUUCCCUGGCUAUGCUUUUGCCUCUAUGUGGCCACCAUAGAGUAGACCAUUUCCUUUGUGAGAUUUUGAUUAUUGUCAAGCUGUCCUGUGUGGACACUCAUCCAACUGAGUCAAAGAUGUUAGUUGCUCGAAUGAUCAUCCUCAUCAUCCCAGUGUCCAUCAUUCUCACCUCCUAUGCCCUAAUUGCCAGGGCUGUGGUAAGGAUGAAGUCUGCUGAAGGACGGAAGAAGGCCUUUGGGACUUGUGCAUCCCAUCUGGUUGUGGUCUCACUGUUCUAUGGAACUGUCAUGUUUAUGUAUCUUCAGCCCAAGCAUAAAUACUCUCAGCACCAAGGGAAGGCCCUGGCCCUUGUUUAUACCACUGUGGCUCCCAGCAUGAACCCACUGGUCUACACACUGAGAAACAAAGAUGUCAAGCGGGCAAUUAGGAAAGUGGUUUGGAAGGAUUCCCUUUAA